AUGGAUUUGAGCGAGGACACAAUUGUAGAACUCCCAAGGGAGGUGGGUGAAUUCAUACAUCUGAGGUACCUUAAUCUAUCACGUUGUGUGAGAUUGGAAACAUUGCCCGAAACAAUCAGUGAGUUAUGCAAUCUGCAAACCUUAAAUAUUAGCAUUUGUCUGAAGCUUACAAAACUACCUCAAGGGAUAGGAAGUUUAAUUAAUUUGAGACAUCUUCAAGCCCAGUAUUGUUCGCACAGAGGCCUGCCUAAGGGAGUCGGAAGAUUAACAUCUCUUCGAACCUUAUCCGGUUUUAUUGUUGGUGAUGAGAAUGGAAGUGAUGUGUGCAAAAUAGAAGAAAUAAGAAACUUGAAGGAGCUUAGAGAGCUUGAAAUAACAGGAUUGAGCAAAGUGGAAGAUGCAGGGGAGGCUGAAAAGGCAGAAUUGAAGAAUAAGAAACAGCUCUCUGAUCUCACAUUAGAUUUCGGACCAUUGUUGAGUCAACAACCAGUAGGGAUGAAGGAAGUGGCUGAAGCCCUACAACCCCAUCCAGACUUAAAAUGUCUGCAAUUAAGCGGGUAUCAAGUCGAGGAAUGGCCCAGGUGGAUGAUGGAGCCAUCAUUACUCCAACUAACACAUCUUUUCCUUUCACAUUAUCGAAGAUGUCAGUGCUUGCCUCCUCUGGGGGAUCUCACAUUUCUCGAGAUUUUGAAAAUAGAUUUCAUGAUGAAAGUGAAAUAUGUUGGUGGUGAGUUCUUGGGAUCAUCAUCAAAAAUUGCAUUUCCAAGGUUGAAGCAUCUGUCAUUUGCAGCCAUGUCUGAGUGGGAAAAUUGGGAAGUAAAAGAAGAAAAAGGGAGGAAAGUAAUGCCAUGUCUUCUUUCCUUGGAAAUAGAUCGCAGUCCAAAGCUUACGGCAGUACCGGACCUCCUGCUCCAGAGGACACCACCAAUUAAAAUAAAGUGGGAUAAAGAGGAAAUAGGUGGAAGCUCUUAA